AUGACCUCCGACAGCAAUUCUGAUUACGUCUUCCAGGGAUGGAUGGGCCUUGACAAGGACUCCGUUGGGAACAUGAAAUGGCAGACCUACGAACCGAAGCCGUGGGAAGAAACUGACGUUGAUAUUAAAAUCACACACUCGGGUAUUUGUGGCUCUGAUAUACACACGCUUCGUAGUGGAUGGGGCCCAACCAUGUACCCCUGCGUGGUCGGCCACGAGAUCGUCGGCAUCGCCGUCCGGGUAGGAUCCGAGGUCAAACAUAUCAAAGUCGGCGACCGUGUUGGAGUCGGCGCCCAGUCCGACUCCUGUCGCAACCGAAGGGGUAAAUGCAGCGACUGCUCCGCCGGACGAGAGAACAUGUGCUGGAAAGAAGGCCGCGCCGAUACAUACAACGGCGUCUACCUGAACGGCGGCAAGUCCUACGGUGGGCACGCCGACUACAACCGUGCUCCGGGCCACUUCGUAAUCAAGAUCCCGGACCAGAUGAACCCUACCCACGCUGCUCCGAUGCUCUGCGGUGGCAUCACAACAUAUUCGCCAUUGAAGGCCAACGGGUGUGGACCGGGAAAGCGCGUGGGGGUAAUCGGCGUCGGUGGAUUGGGCCACUUUGCCAUUUUGUGGGCGAAGGCUCUUGGCGCCGAUCGAGUGGUGGGGGUUUCGCGCAGGGAGUCCAAACGUGCCGAUGUGUUGAAGCUGGGUGCUGAUGACUAUAUCGCUACCGAGGAUGAGAAGGAUUGGGCUCAGACUCAUGCUGCCAGUCUGGAUCUUAUUAUCUGUACCGUUUCGUCGCCGGACAUGCCGUUACGGGAUUAUAUGGGUUUGCUAGAUUCCUAUGGUCGGUUGGUUCAGGUGGGCGCACCUGAGGAUAAGCUGCCUGUUCUUUAUGCCUUCGACUUUAUUCCGAAAGGGAAGUCGCUCUCGGGGAGUGUUAUCGGGUCCCCGAAGGAGAUCGAGGAGAUGCUGCAGCUGGCUGUUGAGAAGAAUGUUCAGCCGUGGGUGGUGGAACGGCCGCUAAGUGACGCGAACCAGGCCUUUAUCGAUAUGGAGAACGGUCUGGCCAGAUAUCGGUAUACGCUUGUAAAUGAGAAGCAUAUUUAA